UCAGACAGCAGCACCUUGCCAUAGUCAUGCUCAGCCUCAUCAAAUUGCCACGAGUCUUCACCAUCAAUCAAGUGCCCAAAGUUUUCCAUGAGGACGGCAUUAUUACUGGGUACCGGCACCCCCGGAGCUCAGCCACCGACUGCAUCCUGAGCCUCUUCCAGAUGACCAAUGAGACGCUCAAUAUCUGGACCCAUUUUCUGCCCACCUGGUACUUCCUAUGGAAACUAGUAACGGUGGUGCUGAUGCAGAAAGCGUGGCAGGACUCCUUCACCUGGCCCAUGGUGAUCUUCCUGUUCACCUGCUGCAUUUAUCCACUGGCGUCGAGCUGCGCUCACACCUUCAGCACCAUGUCAGUGCGGGCACGCCACAUCUGCUUCUUUUUUGACUAUGGCUCUAUCAGUUUCUACAGCCUGGGCUCAGCGAUCGUCUAUUCAGCUUACAUUUUCCCCGACAAGUGGGUGAACAGCUCCUUCCACCAGUCCUACAUCACCAUCACUGUGUUCAACACCGUCAUCUGCACCAUCCUAGCAUGCUACUCCAGGCUUGGCUUACCAUUUCUACAGUAUAAUCACGACAUCAUUAAGAGAUUCCCUGAGUACCAGAGUCCAAAGUUUAGCAAAUGUCUUAGAGUCAUAGCCUUUGCCUACCCUUACCUGUUUGACAACAUUCCUCUGUUCUACCGGGUGUUCCUGUGUAAAGGGGAGGGCUGUACAGAUAACGCUACCAACAUCCUCCACUACUACCACAUCACCCUGGCUUUUCUCACUGCUUUUCUGUUUGCCACCCAUUUACCCGAGCGCCUGGCACCCGGAAGCUUCGACUUCAUAGGUCACAGCCAUCAGCUUUUCCAUGUGUGCGCCAUCCUCGGCACCCACUUCCAGAUGCAGGCCAUGGAGCAGGACAUGACGAUACGCCGUUCCUGGCUCGUGGAAAACUCAAUCCCCAUCACAUUUGCCAACUCAGUGGGUCCGGCGCUGCUUUGUGUGGUGUUAAAUUUGGUUGUCAUCUUCCUCUACAGCCUACCUCUCCUCUUGGGCCCAGUCUGCAAAGACAAGAAGUACAGUAGAGGACCAAAGAAAGACAAACUCUGCCCCCACAGCUGA